CAACUCCAGUAGUAGUAGACAUCAGCACUCAGCUCUCUUCCUCACGGGGCAUCAGCAUCACGAUGAUGAUCGAGCGGUCUGCAGCCAUGGCUCUGCUCCUCGCUCUCUUACUCGUGCUACUCUUGGCCACCGGUGGUCAAGCCGACGCCGAUGAGCCGGCAACGUCACAGCAGCGCGCUGUUCCGGCGGAGCAGGCGCCGGCGCCGAAGGGCUACGAAACCCUGAGGGAGGAACCGGCACCAACCGGCGGUCACCGUCACCGGGAGAUCAAGAUCGGAGCAUGCUUCCCCAUCAGCGACGGCGGCAGCAGCGCUUUCUCCUGCUACCAGCGGUGCACGAGCAAAGGCUACGCCGGCGGGCGCUGCGACACCCUGCCCAGCGGCUUCCCCGGCGACUGCUUCUGCAUCACGUACGCUUGACGAUGGCCGGCCAUGCGUAGCGUAGCGUAGGUCGUUGGAGAUAGCAAUGGCGGAAAGAAUAACUAGGAGGUUUAUUUUUGGCACGGAUUCGUCUGCAUCGUGUUAAUUUGGCGCCUGGCUGGUUUGAAUCAAUUAAAUGUCAAUGUUUGUCC